AAUUAUGUCUUACGGAAAUAAAAUAAUACCAAGUGUUCCUAAAUUUACAGAGUUUAAGGAUUACACUUCUAGCUAAGUUUUAUAAAUGCACACUCCUCACUUAAUAUAGAAAUAACAUAAAUAAGAUUUAGUGUUAUCAUCUGAGUAUUCUAUGGAAGUAGAACCCUCUAAAAAGUAUACAUUAUAAUCAGCACAUAUGCAAUUAACAGGUACAUUUAAUGUCUAUAAAAAAGGACAUUAGAGUGAGGUAUACUGUGUUAAAUAUUCUCCAAAUGGUGAUUAUCUCAUAACAGCAGGAUUUGAUAAGAAAAUAUUGAUCUGGGACAUUUAUAACAAUUGUACAAAUAUAGGAGUUUUGGGAAGUCAUAAAAAUGCAAUUCUUGAUGUUGCAUGGUAAUAUGAUGGAGUAAGAUUAUUUACAGCAUCAGCAGAUAAGACUAUUUAAAUAUGGGAUAUGGAAACAUAUUUACCAUUAAAAAAAUUAAAAGGACAUUAAAGUUAUGUUAAUUGUUGUUAUCCUUAAAAAAGAGGAUAGGAUCUUUUAGCAACUGGAGGUGAUGAAGGUUAUACUAAAUUAUGGGAUUUAAGAACGAGAAAGUUAGCUUUCGAAAUUUAAGGCAAAGUAACAAUGUUAUUUUGAAUUACUUUAGUAUCCUAUCACUAGUGUUUGUUUUACCGAAAACGGGGAAAGACUUUACACUGGAUCUUUAGAUAAUAUAAUUAGAUGUUAUGAUGUUCGAAAAUAAGAGAUUGAAUAUACAUUAGAUAAUCAUACAGAUACUGUUACAGGAUUAGCAAUUAGCAAUGAUAAUUCUUAUUUAUUGAGUAAUUCUAUGGAUAUGACAGUUAGAACUUUUGAUAUUAGGUAAAAUAUUUUUGUAUUUCUAGACCUUAUGUUCAAGGAAAAAAUAGAUAGGUAAGAGUAUUUACUGGUGCAACAGCAAACACGGCUGAAAAAAAUCUACUAAGAUGUACAUGGAGUCAUGAUGAUUAAUACAUUUCAGCUGGGUCUGCUGAUAAGAAUGUUUAUAUUUGGGAUUUCAACUCAAAAAAAGUUAUUCAUAAAUUAGGAGGUCAUUAAGGAACGGUAAUUAUUCAUCUUACAUCAAAUAGGUUAAUGAAACUGCUUUUAGUCCAAAAGAUAAAUUGAUAGCCUCAGCUAGUAAUGAUAAAACAGUCAUUAUUGGGGAAAUCCCAGAAGUAACUUUGUGA